AGAUUGGGUCACGUGGUUUUUCAAUACCCGGAAAACAUCAGCAGUGACCGUCAAAAAGGCUGUUAAAGUAUUUAAGUGUUUAUGUAUUUUUUACUUUUAUAGGUUUUAAUAACGUCGGUUGUUCAUCAGCGGUGUUCUCCGACAUGUUGCAGGCUUUGAAAGGCUUCAGACACCUCCAUACAAGUGCAAUGAAACAAGCAGUUUCAGAGCUCUCUGUCCCGGUCCCGUGGGGAGAGAUCAGAGGGAAAGUUUGGGGUCCUGAUCACGGUCGUCCUGUGCUUUGCCUGCACGGCUGGGCUGACAACUGUGGCACAUUCAACACCCUCAUUCCCCUUCUACCCAAAGAGUGCAGAUACGUGGCGGUGGAACUGGCAGGUCACGGUUGGUCGUCACAUCGUCCUCCUGGAGUUUGCUACUCUUUCCCAACGUAUGUAAUGGACGUACGCAGAGUCGUUGACGCCCUGCAGUGGAGCAGAUUCUCCAUCAUAGGCCACAGUAUGGGUGGUAACAUUGCUGGAAUGUUCAGUGCACUGUAUCCAGAGAUGGUGGAUGCUGUCGUUCUGCUGGACUCGUAUGGAUUCUUACCUACAGAUCUGAAAGAAAUCUUUAAAGUGAUGAGGCAGGGGAUGGAUCAGAUGGUUACGUUUGAAAAAAAGACGGAGGAGAAGAGAGUUUACACUUACGAAAACGCAGUAGAGAGGUUGUUGGCUGCAAACCCGAGUCUGUCUGAACGGUCGGUGCACAUCCUUUUAGAGCGAGGUCUGGUUCCUGUUGAAGGAGGUGUGGCGUUUACCCGAGACUUUCGAAUUAAUCUGAAAAAUAUCGCGCGCAUCAGCUUGGAGCAGAGUCUGGAAUUGCAGUCGGCGAUACAAGCCCCUGUUCUAGUUAUUCUAGCGGAGGACGGCUUUGAGAAAAUAUUUAUUGAACCAAAUCAAAAGAAAGUAACAUCAGCAAUUCUCCAGGCCUAUAGGGACAGAAAUCACACGGUGGUGAAUGUACCGGGCGAUCAUCACAUCCAUCUGAAUGAGCCGGAAGUCGUCGCUGCACUCGUGUCCGACUUCCUGCAGAACAAAGCGUUGACUCAGCCAGCAAGAACAACAAAUGAACAGACCUCAAAGUUAUAGCGAACAUAAAAAAGUUUAGUUUUACCUUAAUUCAUACACUCACCUUGGUGCUUAAACCUGUCAACAAGCUGUCUUACCAUCAACUCGUGUUACUUUUAGUGGACUCCUAAAUGAUCGAAUGUAUUUAAUAGAUGUGUAUUGGUGUUGAGAGUCAGUGGCAUUGUGGGUAAUGUAGGCCAUGUUUCACACCCAGCUGCCUCUGUUUAACUGUCGAUGGUCUGUAAGAUAGUGAAGGGGGAGUGUCUGAUGAGAUGAAGAGACGGAUCAACAAUCCAGUGAAUAGAUAUAAUUCAUACAUAAUUCAUGUGUUGGACAGGUACUUUGGAUUCUAUUAGGAACUAUGCAUGUCUGUAAUGCAAGACAAGUUUAUUUGUAUGUUAUAAUUCAUACAUGGACGCAGUUUCAAAGUCCUUUACAUUCAAUUUAACUUAAAGGAAUUAACAA